GACGAAAUUUAUUACUACCGAUUGACGAAUUGCUCGAGUGGUUUGAAGGAAGGAAGCAGGCGUAGGACAGGGAAGAGAAUCGAGAGCUGCUCAGGAGAGUGAGAUUGAGGAUGCCUCGGAACCAAUGGAUCCUACGUGCCGCGAGGUGUUCGCGUGGAGCGAGCCGGUCUCACGCAUUCACCAGGCCAUCUCAAACGAUAUCACAUACCGCCGCCCCCUUUUCUACGACUCGAGCGCAACUUCUUUCCGCUUCGGACAUACCGACAGCAGGAGACUUUGAAGGCUGGGAUAAGGGUCCGAAAACGUACGGUCCUAGCUCUGCUCCGCCUCGUUUGCGAUUCGCCCCUUCGCCUACUGGAUAUCUCCAUCUAGGUGGAUUGAGAACGGCUCUGAUAAACCACAUCGUAGCGAGGCAGGGGAAAGGAAAAUGGGUAUUGAGGGUGGAAGAUACAGAUAGGGAACGCCUUGUUCCUGGCUCCAUAGAGCAAAUGAGGAAGACACUCGAAUGGGCAGGACUGGAUUACGAUGAGGGUCCGGGCGUUGGAGGAUCUUUCGGGCCGUACUACCAAUCUGAAAGAUUGGAACUUUAUCAACAAUAUGUCAAACAGCUUCUUGAGUCUGACCAGGCGUACGAAUGUUUCUGUUCACCUGAAGAUCUCGCGGCGAUACGAGCGGCAGGGAAGAAUCGUGGUGCUCAAAUGAACUAUGACGGGCGAUGUCGACGUCUGACGGAUGAAGACCGAGUCAGGAGGAAGAAAGCAGGACAUAGCUAUACUGUCCGGUUCAAGGAUCCCGGCAAGCUACCUGAUAUGCCUGUCGAUCUGAUCUUUGGACAUAUCAAAGCGCAUACGGAUACAGGAACGCCGGAGACGUAUAUCCCAGACGAUUUCAUCCUUCUCAAGUCGGAUGGGUACCCCACGUACCAUAUGGCCAGUGUGGUAGAUGAUCAUGCCAUGGAGAUCUCUCACGUCAUUCGCGGAGAGGACUGGAUACCGUCUCUGCCCAAACACAUGUCUUUGUAUCGAGCUCUUGGAUGGGAACCGCCACAAUUCGCUCAUUUAUCCUUGCUCGUGAACCCGGAUGGCAGUAAAAUGAGCAAGCGACAAGACCAUGUCUCAGCAGAAUGGUACAGAGAACAAGGCUUCGAACCUGAAGCUCUCAACAAUUACCUCGCAGUCCUAGGCUGGGACUAUACGCGAACUCUGGAAGAGCAACUUGACGAAGCUCUGCCACCGAACGAAAGGAAAGACCUCAAUUCCUUGCAUGAAGUUUUCACCCUCCCUCAAUUGAUCAACGCAUUCGACCUGACUCAUCUGACGAGACGUAAAGCGAGUAUAAACAUGGACAAGUUGGAUUUCCUCAACAAGAUGCACCUUCGCCUACGGGCAGGUCUGAUAGGUCAAGAUGGACAUUUAGUAAAUUACGGGAAAGGGGACUCAGGAGUGGACCCAGACAUCCUUGAAAAGAGGAGGGGAGACAUGGUGCAACAGUUUCAGAGAGAUCUCAAGGCAAAUCCAGACAUUGCGGAUCACCCCGAUGUCAAUGACAGAGGUCGAGUCGCUGAGAUUUUUGAAUUUGAAAUGCCUAGAGUCCGCCGAUUCAGAGAGCUUUCUCAAAACGUCUCGUUCUGGUUCAAAGACCCUUCAUACACCACCGAAGACGCCGAGAAGGUGCUCAAGGCAGUCGGAAAAGAUCAAUACAUCCUCUUCUUGGAAUUCAUCAUUCCACGUCUUGAGCGCAUUGCGGAUGAUUCCCACCAUUUCAACAAGGACGACGGGUGGAUCCUCGCCAAUCGGGCGCAUAAUCAAUUAGGCCUAAAGCGUCGUGGCGGUGUGCUGAAAGCCAUGCGACAUGCUCUCACAGGACAAGACCAAGGACCGAGCGUCCCUGACAUUAUGAUGGUUCUGGGACCGGAAACGACUCUUCGGCGAAUGAAAGCUGGACUAGAUUACGUCAAGGCCAGGAGCGCCUGAUUGAUCGAAGCAUUGAAACGAUUAGACGAGGAUGCAUGAUAGAAGGUCAU